AAACAAAAUCAAAGAUGAACCAGAAUACGCUACUGAACUGUUUGAAGAGAAGAGGGUUAAGUCAUGGUUAAGGGAGAAAUCUGAUAACCAUGGCUGACUUCGAUGAACAACGUCUUUCGCCGCCGUCAACUCACGACCUUGCUCCUCCGGUGGAUUCACGUUCCGACGAACCUUCUGCAUCCGCUCUUCCCAGAUUCGAUCCUAGCCGAAUGAUAGGUAUUAUCAGAAGGAAGGCCUUGAUAAAAGAUUUAGCAGGUGUGUACCAUGCAGAAUGUCUUACAAUCUGUCAAGAACUUCUGGAACUCCAGAGAGAAUGUGAAGAGUCGUAUGGCGAGUUGAAAGUAGCUCCUCCAGAGGAGGAAAACGGUAUAAGGAGGAAAGGGGGGAUGAUGAGCAAACGCGGUUUAAAAAGAACUCGUUAGUAAUUGCUAUAUAGUAUAGGAUUUGUGUGGAUAGCUAGAGAGGAAAAAAUAGUUAGCAAUUUCAUUAUUGUAAGUAACUAUGCUUCAUUGCUUCUUCUUUUUUUGCCACCAAAAUGUUGGAUUGUUGUUGCUAGAGCUUAGUAAUUACUUCUAUUUCAUGCUUUAACCC